AUGUUUCGACUGCUUGCGCUGGCUGCAUUGGAUCGAUGCUGGGCGACGCCGAGAUGUUCCAAGGUGGAGCGGUUCUCCUUCGUCAACCAAUGCCAAACGGACAUCUUCCUGAAAGACUGGGAGCUCCUCGUGCCGGCGCGCAGUGCCCGCGAGGUAGUGGGACAGCGCCGCGUCGGGCUGCAGAGGAUCUCCUGGCGUUUCAAGGAGGGCCCCUGGGACGUGGACUUCAUCGAGUUGAAUGGCGACUGGCCGGGCGAGGGGUAUGACAUGUGCGGCCAUCCCAACUUCGCCUCCUGGUCCGGGUUCUCGAUGUCCAGCAGGUAUGAAGCUUUGGACCCCGUCUCCGGGCGCUAUGCGUGCGCAGAUGCGGGCGCGGAGCUUGGAGUGUCCGUGGCCACGUGCCCGUCCAAAGCCACCAGCCGUUACGCCUGCGACUUCCAGGCGACGCAGCAGAGCAUCCGGAGCUGCAAGAGCGAUGCCGCGAUCUAUAUGCAGGAGCACUCCUGGGCGCUAAACCUGAACGGCACGCGCAGCCACAAGUACUAUGCGACCCAGAACAUCAUCAACUACUGGUGUGCUCCCGAGUCCCCGGAUUGGCUCGGCUGGGGAGUAGGUUCCUUCAUUGACUGUACCAACCGACAGGUGCCGAUCCACUUCCGCGCGCCUCCGGCUGAGGUUCCCGGCACGGGCACGGGCCAUCAAGAGGCGGACGCGGGCCAGAAGCAUAUGUGCAGUGCCCAAUUUUGCGAGAUGGCCAGCGCCAUGCUCGUGCAGAAUGCGAAAGCCAUGAAGGCCAUGAAGGCCAUGAAGGCCAUGAAGGCCCCGAAGGCCAUGAAGGCCAUGAAGGUCAUGAAGCCGGCCAAGCGUCCGGCAGCAAAGUCGAAAGCGAUGAAAGCGAUGAAGGCUACGCCAAAGGCGCCGAAGAUCCUCCAGGACCUGGAGGCCAAGGUGGUGAACCUUGAGCGCCGGCCCGACAGGUGGAAGCGUGUGGCUGCCAUGCUCAAGAAGCAGUGCCCCUGGCUGCGCUUCGAGCGCUUCUUGGCCUCGGAUGGUUCCAAGAUGACCAUCCCGGAGGAGGAGGUGGCCACCAAGUGGAACACCUCUCGAAAUGCUCGCUUCGCGGAUUUCUACGAGUGGGUCUUCGAGGACGGUAAGCCCUGGAUGUGGGCGGCGGACGCUCCGGACGAGGACGACACCUGGAAGUUCACGGAGGAUGGCGAGAGCUUUAGUUACAUCCGGGACGCCCCUCUCUUCGACCAGAAGCCGCCGCCCACUGGUACUCUCGAGAAAAAGGCGACUGGUGAGAAGUUCAAGGUCACGCUGAGCUUCGCCCAGAGGUUCCUGGACCCCGGGGAGACUCAGCUGAUGUCCGGCGGCGAGCGCGGCUGUGCACACUCACACAGGCGCAUGUGGCAACUGGCAGCGGCCAGGGAGCAGCCCACCUUGGUGUUGGAGGAUGAUGUGCACCUGACCUUUGACCGGAAUGGGAACAAGGGCAAGAUGAACGGCAAGGUCUUCGAAAAGCGGCUCGCGGAAGCGCUGAAGCGGGCGCCCGGCGACUUCGAUGUGAUUUACCUGGGCUGGAGCGGCUGGAGAGGUGGCAACUUCAGGCACUGGAAGGAGGAUGACUCCGGACUUGACCACAAGGACCGAACAUUCCUCCAGAAGGCUGAGUACGUGUGGACCACUGUGGCCUACGUGAUAUCUCAGGCGGGCGCGGAGAAGCUGCUGGAGGCCGCGCAGCCCAUCAAUCAGCCGGUGGACAACUUCAUGGCAUGGGAGGCAAGCCAGGGCAGGCUCAAGUCUUUCGUGAUUCUGGAUACUGGGGAUGAGGACGACACUUGGGCGGGUGGCGUCGUGGAUCAGUUUGACUUCCAGGGGGACUCUGACAUCAAGAAGUCCGACGGAGGUCAUCAGGGCGACGACGCCAUGGAGUUUGCAGCCAGCUGA